AUGGCGGUGGGUGCUGGGGAACAAGAGCACAUCGCUUCUGACAUCACUCAGCUCAUAGGGUGGACACCACUGAUCGAGCUGAAGCGAAUCACCAGCAAGGCUGGGAUUGAUGCGCGGAUCGUUGGCAAGAUGGAGGCUCACCAGCCGCUUUGCUCCAUCAAGGAUCGCUCUGUUCUGAGAAUGAUAGAAGAUGCAGAGGAGAGGGGGUUGAUUUCACCUGGAGUCACAACACUAGUGGAGCCGACAAGCGAUCCGGCCCUUGGCUUUGCGGGCAUGUUUGACAAAGUUGAACGGCUCCGAAAACAACUGCCAAAUGUACAUGUUCUGAAUCAAGUUACUAAUAGAGCAAAUUCUGAAGCCCACUUUAGAUUGACCGGCACAGGUGGCACUGUUUCUGGUGUGGGAAAGUAUCUGAAGAUGCAAAAGCCAGGCGUCAAGAUCAUUUGUGUUGAGCCUGCAGAAAGCCCAGUGAUUUCAGGUGGCGCGCCUGGCAAGCAUAAAAUCCAGGGAGUAGGGCCAGGAUUUAUACCUGAAGUCCUGGACACCUCGGUCAUCGACGAGACUGUCACCGUGACCACCGAGGAGGCCAUGGCGAACGCGAGGAGGCUGGCCAAGGAAGAGGGCUUGCUUGUGGGCAUUUCUUCCGGAGCAAACCUGGCAGCUUGCCUGAAGGUCGCUUCGAGAGAAGAGAACAAGGGUAAGGUGAUUGUCACCGUGUUCCCGAGUGGUGGCGAGAGAUACAUGAACUCCGACCUCUUUGCAGAUGUGCGAGAGGAGUGUAUUGCCAUGACAUUUUGA